UUAAAAAAUGUUUCGUUUUUGCUAAGAUAAACCAAUUUUUAGGAGCGCUCGAGCUUUGCAGGCAUGGCGCGGAUUCGCCAGCGCCUCUGCUGCUUGGAUUCGCAAGCGCCGUCGUUGCCGACGCCUUCUCCUGCCUCCAAGCAUUUGAUCAGAAUGGAUAAGAAAUCCAUCGCCGACGACUGUGACCUGUCUCCACAUGCGAUUUCCCUUAUCAACUUAGAGCUGCUGUUGCGGAGGCAGCUCCUUCACAGCGCUGAUCGAUCAGUGCUUUCUAAGCAAAGACAGUUAUUUUUCUUUUCUAUUUCAGAGGCGAGAGGUGGAAUGGAUGGGGGAAGUGGUCUCUCCUGGAUGCUCCACAGGACCAAGAUCUCUCCCUGGUGUGGUGGUCACGGGAGGAGCUUUUACUGCUGACUCCCAGGGGGAUCGAGUAGUUAGUGAAAGGUGGUUCAAAGGCCUGGGCUUAUCUCCGGAGACGCGGAGUUUCUGUAUUCGAUGCAGCUCCGAGUUCUGGAAAGCAUGAGUGUGGGGGAUCUCUGAAAGAGCUGUGCUGUUUUCCGGAAACGAAGAGAUCGUUGUGAGUGUGUGGCAUAUUAAUUUUCUGGACGCUGCAGAGAAGUACUGUUUAUGAGAAAACAGAGACACGCUCACUCACAAAGCUGCAGGGGUAAGCUUUGCCGGUACUUUCAGACCCAGUCUCACUCUCGGACUUGCAGUACUCGGGGAAAUUGCUAAGAAAGACGGAUCAAUAUCGUGCUGUGUAUGCGAGCAAGCAUUUGUUCUGGAAUGAGCAUGGCGGGACUCAAGACGGAAAGAGGUGCAUUUCUCUCAGCAGUAGAUCUGUCAAAACUCUCAAGACACUGUCAAAACUCUCAGGGUGCUGCUGCGCUUAAAGCGAGCUCUCAGAAUUGCCAAUGCUGAAGCAGCGCCUCUCUUCGUUGCAAUACUGUUCAAACUAAGUUCAUUCCAGUUACCUCUACUACUUCGAGAAAGGCGUCCCGCUCCCGCUCGCAGCAGGUCCUUGAUUGUAGUUAAAGCCGAGUGAUCCCUCUCAGCGGGAGUGGACUUUAUCUUCGAAAGAAUCAAAAAGAGACCUCGACCUUGGCAGCGAAGUUGACACGCUUGCAGCUAACUUGCAAUACAGUACGCUGCCACCGUGGGCAGAUGGCUUGUGCGUGGUUUUGGACAGCAUCCAUGAAUUUCUCUCAACACAACUUGACUUGCCUCUCAUUUAUUUAAAGCAUAGACAGCAUCUCAUUCUGAACAGGUUAUAGAGAAGCUGAGAAAUGGAAACCCCCAGUCCUGACAUUCUUCGUAAGUUAUGGGCUCAGGUAGACCUCCACAAUUUGGUUGUACGAAAAUAUCAAUGAGAUUCCCAUCGAAGUGAAUCUUGUAACUUUGAACUCCUUCUAGAGUCUGGCACUGACCACAACUAGAAUACUUAUCAAUUUGCUCAUCA